UCUUCCCCUCAGCUUCCCCCCCCCCCCCUACCUUUCCCUUACCCGGUUGCUCGUGUUCGCCUUCUUGCACGCGAAUGACAGUUCGAGUUCCGAUUUAGUCACCAUUGCGUACCUGAACUCCUCGUGCCCGAUUCCUGCUGCUGCUGCUGCUGCUCCUCCUUCCCCUCUCUCCGCGUCCUCCCAACGAUUCCCCCCCCCCUUCGGCACGUCUCACUCGCGCUUCCCCGCGUCCCAUCAGUUCCUUCGUUGGUUGUCAGAUUGACGAAACCUUGCAUUCACUUGCCCUCAGCCUUGCGUCGCGUGGGAUCUAUUUUGGGAAACCUCUCUCAUCAUGGCCUCCCAGGAGACCCUCCAGGACUCGGGGCAAUCUCCGGCUGGGAUGCAGAGCCGCAGCGUCAGCCCUUAUAACGAUCCCUCCUCCACCGGCUUGACCUUGGACGUGUCGGUGGCGACGACCACGACUCCUUAUACCACGGCUUCCUACAACCUCUCCCAUCCUGGCACCUCCGAUUCCUACGGCUACAACCCCGCGGGUUAUCUCUCCGCACCCUCCGCCGCGCAGACGUUGGGCCCGACCGACCCGACUUACUCGCACGGCCUGCAGCUGCCACAAUCCUUCGAUGCUGGCUUGGUCCCCCAAAUGGACCAGCAGCCACCCUCGGACGAGAACUUCUCCAAUCUGUUGAAUUCGAACCCAUCCGAGUUCGACUUUGCCCUCUACCAGAACCCCAGCCCCAACAGCACGGCGGCCCCGGACUACGACUCCCCGCUGCUGCUCGAUCCCCAGGUUCACGGCCAGCCCCGACCGGGCACCCAAGCCAUCAACCCAGCCGACCUCAUCAGCCAGAUCCCCUCGCCUCACCCCUCGGCGUCGCCGCAGAUGUCCCCCAUCUCCCCCCAAGAUCACUACCACCACUCCUCGCCGGGGCCUCUGUCGCCGCCCAGCUCGACCCCGGGGACCUACUACACCCCGCAACACUCCCGCCAUACCUCCCUGGACCCCGCCACCGCCGCCUAUAUGACGGGUAAUGCACAUACGGAUUGGCAGGCGGUCAUGGCUAAUUCCGCAUUUCAGGGCCAUCGGCGAGCCCCGUCGGAGGUGUCGGAGGUGUCGUCCGCGGCCCCCUCCCCCUACAUGUCGCAGCAUGAGUCCUUCGAUGGCGUGGACAACAAUCCCUCCCCGCUCCUAGCGCCCCAGAAUGACCCCGGCCUCUACGACAAUGCCCUCGGUAUUGAAUCUUUCACGCUGUCGGACGGUCAUCAGCAACACCAACAACCGGGCAUCAGUCCCGCCCAUAGUCCGUAUAUCUCGCCGCAGUUGAUGCCCCAGCAUGGCGCAGAGAUGAUCCCCAACGUGCCGUAUAUUUCUCCGCCCGCGGUGAAUAUGCCAUACCCCACCCCGCCGACCGACCUCUAUGGGGAGAUGGUAGCCCAAGGAAACCCCGGCCUGGGAGACAUGGGCCAGGCAUCGCAAAUGGCACCUCCGUCUAUUAACGUGGAAUUCGCGCCCCCGUCCAAGAAUCUGAAUCUCCCACAGGCGAAGCCAGCCGCGGAUCUGGACUCGCUGAGCCCCCCUGUCGCCAUGCGCUCCCGUAUGCGCAGUAAGUCAGACCCGUACGCCCACCCGGCUUCUCGCGCGCGGUCCUCUUCGACCUCGACCAGUCUGGAGCCAUUUGUCCCUCCGUCGCCGCGGUCGCUGUCGCCCUUUGAUUCCGUGGGGCGACAGCCACAUAGCAAUCCCAGUUCCCGCGAGCCGUCUCCCUCGCGGUCGGGUCGGCGCCUGUCGACAUCGUCGAUCGAUAGUCGCAAUUAUAUCCUUGGCCUUGCCGACCCACAGAGACCUGGAGCCAACCCCAAUGACUCCAAGCGCAUCCAGAAACAUCCCGCCACGUUCCAGUGCCAUCUCUGUCCCAAACGCUUUACACGGGCCUACAACCUACGUUCGCAUCUGCGUACGCACACCGACGAACGGCCGUUCGUGUGCACGGUCUGUGGGAAGGCGUUUGCCCGACAGCACGAUCGGAAGCGUCACGAAGGGCUGCAUUCGGGCGAGAAGAAGUUCGUCUGCCGCGGUGACCUGUCCCGGGGAGGACAGUGGGGAUGUGGUCGGCGGUUCGCUCGGGCGGAUGCGUUGGGGCGUCAUUUCCGGUCCGAAGCCGGUCGGAUCUGUAUCAAGCCGUUGCUGGACGAAGAAUCCCAAGAACGAGAACGCACGAUGAUGGAUCAGCAACAGCAUCUGCAGCCAAUGCCACCCCCCUUGAUGGUGCCAGGGCUGGAUGGCCAGCAUACAGGCAAUUUUGUCCUUCCUGCCGCCUUGUUGGCACAGUAUCCGGCGCUGCAGAACCUGCAGUGGGAUCAGAUAGCGGCCAGUGCAGACGAUCCCAGCGACAUGGGAGGACGUAGCAGUUUUGACGCGAGCUCCGGCGGAGAGUUUGGCUUUGACGAUGACGAGUCUGGCCUCAGUAGUGUCUCCGGCAUCAGCGGGGGCUACGGGGGUGGCCAGGGCAAUCUAUAUGAUGUGAACAACCCGGGCCAGAUGCUAGGGAUGAAUCCGGCAGAAUCUGGCUACCGAGAGACCGAUUGGAGGGCAUGA